AUGCCGUACAGGCAAGUCGAGAAAAUUCGGCUUGUGACACUUGGUAUUAGAGCUGCAGCUUCAUCGUUUGAAGACGUUAUUUUGGAAAGCUUCUCUGUUAUUUCAACUGUACCAAGUUUAAAACGAGUUCGAGAAGCCAAGUUGCAACACAGAUGCUUUGAGGAAAUAGUAGAAAAGUUUUGCUUUGAAUUUGGAUCCAACGUUAGCUUUGAGCUUGUCGGUUUUUUACUUUGGCCGGUCAUGUUUUCAGUUACAUAUUUUGGGAAUGUUGAAAUCGUAAGGAUUUGUCUUCAACAUUUUCCGGAUCUUAUUUUCGGACAUUUGCAAUCUGGAAACGAACACCUAUUGCAUGUUGCAACUGGAUGCUGGCAAGAAGAAAUUUUUAAUCUGAUAACCGAGAUCCCUACAACUAGAGCUAAUUUGCCCAAUUCAAAAGAUAAUUACGGAAACACUGUCUGGCACAGUUCAGCAAAAUUGGCACCUUCCUAUAACCUCUUAUCGGUUUCUGGUGCGGCUUUACAGAUGCAAAAAGAGUUGCAAUGGUUUAAGGAGGUGGACAAUUUCAUUGACCCCGGAAAAAAAGACCUAAUGAAUGUGAUAGGUAAAACAGCUACGGAAAUUUUCAUGGAGGAUCACAAGAAGUUGGCUGAGGAGGGAGAGAAAUGGAUGAAAGAUACUGCAAAUUCUUGCAUGAUUGUUACCACGCUCGUUGCCACUGUAGUGUUUGCUGCUGCUUUCACUGUACCUGGAGGUAAUGUAGGUGAUACAGGCAUUCCAGUUUUUCUGCAGCGAACGGAUUUCUUAGUGUUCGCCAUUUCAGAUGCACUAGCUUUGCUUUCUUCAUCCACUUCUUUAUUGAUGUUCUUAUCUAUCUUAACUGCACGAUAUGCGCCCGAAGAUUUCCUCCUAAAGUUACCAAGGAGUUUGAUUAUAGGUCUCGGUUCUCUCUUCUUUGCUAUCAUCACCAUGAUGGUGGCCUUUGGUGCAACUUUGUACAUGCUACUCAAGGACAGAUGGGAAUCAUUUUACAUCCCAAUUAUUGCUCUGGGUUGUAUACCGGCAGUGAUAUUUACGAAGCUGCAAGUUCCAUUGUUCUACGAUAUGGUCCAGUCAACAUACGGAUCCGGAGUUGUCAAGAAGAAAAAGACACAGUGA